AUGGUGCAGGCCGAUCCGCUGCGAGACUACUACCAGGACCUGGGCGUGCCGCCGACUGCGGGGCCGGAGGAGGUUACGAAAGCAUUCCGAAAGCUCGCGCUCAAGUGCCAUCCGGACCGCAACCCAGGCUGUGAGGAGGAAUUCAAGACGAAAUUCCAGGUCAUCCAAGCUGCUCAUGAAGUCCUGAACGACCCUGAGCGGAGGCUCAAGUACGAUCUUGACAGGAAGAAGCAAACAGCUCGCAACAGGCCGCCUGCCCCUGCACGCAACGCCUACUCCAGCUUCACUACCGGCGCCAGCAACUACCCUCCUCCGCCGCGUCGAACCCCUUUCCCUACGCAAGCGCCUCGACCUCCUCCCAACAAGCCACAGGCUUCCACUGCCUCCACCAAUGGAGCCAACCGUUUCACACACUUCCCGCGGCCACCGCCCCCAGCCCAACGACCGAACACUAGGGACGAUGCAGAUGCUAGGAGGAAUGUGUUUCAAGCUUGGGAGCGGAUGAACCCGAACAAGACUCCACCAAAUGCCGAGGAUGCUGCAUAUGCGAAGACACGGGCUAAUACCGCAAGCCGUGCUAGCACUGCGGGUACGGCGAAGCCAGGAAUGGGCCGAAGCAAUACUACGAGAAUGCCUAGGAAGAGCGGCUUCGAUCCCGCAACUCCUGGAGCAGACGAGCCUCAAGCGCAUGGGUCAGCAUACUACACUACUGCUCGACAUUCGAAGGAUCCUCCUCCAGACCAGACCGAGUCCGAUCAAUCUACGCCGCGCAAAGCUGAUCCACUACGAAAUUUCAGAACACAGGCAGCGUACGACGAAGAUGUGCCUUUCACAGAGGGCCAGCGCCACCGGACGCCAUACGCAUCUCGCAGCGGAGAGAGAAUGCAAUUCUCGAGUGAAGGCCUAGGACGCUCGGCCAGCACUCGGCACUCGCCGCGCCAGUUCUCAGAGAAUGAUACCUCAGAUCCGUCUACGUCGCGUCCUCCGAGGCACAGGAGUGUGAGUCCUCCGCCUCGGAGACCUCCAUUUACCACUAGCCAAACUUCGGCCAAAGGGCCACCCAGACAUAACCCAGGAGGAAAUGCAACACGUCCGUUCUUCAUGUACGACUCUAGUGAUGACGAUAAGGAAGAGGAGUUGCCUUCGUUUCCACCACCAAACCCUGGAGCUCCGAGGAGAGCAAGCGGGUUUCCGCAAAAGUCUCCCCAGACCAGAGGUCCCACUAAGCCACCCGGCAGUACUGGCGACGCUCCUCCGGGUUUCAAAGGCCAAUCUACAAAAAUGUACGACUCUUUCACUUCCAAUCAUUUCAAUGUUUUCAGUGAUACUACCUGGACUUCUCCUUGGGUGAAGCCGGCUACCCCAUUCCGUGGGACUGCUGAUCACGCAACUGCCGCUCCAGCGAAACCUGCUGAGGCGAAACUUGUUGGGUUUGCAAAGUAUGCCAAUUCGCCCUGGAUGUUUCCAUCCAGUGUAUUGCCGAAGAAAGACAGGCGGACUUUCCCCUUAUCCACUCCACAUCUCUUUUCAAAUCCCAAGCUUGGGCGCACUCCGCAACCUUCAAAAGGAAAUGCUGACCCGACUAGUUUCAACAUACCCACUGCCGACGAAACGUUCAAGAACAACUUCCCGGGCCUGAAGAGUAGGAGUGCAGAGAGCAUCAACACCACAUUCUCUCCGGAGGAGUGGAGCGGUACUUUCAAGGGUAAUUCCGAUUACUUUGCUGUGCCUAUUGGCAAUGGAAAGACUACGAAAGGUAGACAAUCCCCGACCCGUGGGAGACCUGCAAGCCGACCACAAUCUACGCAUCAAAAUUCUUCUCAGGGGCCACCUCCACCACCGCCGCCUCCUCCGUUCUUCGCACCGUCACAGCAGUCGUCGCACAUGCCACCACCCGCUCCGCCCGUUAAUACCCAGGCUGCCCCGGGAGCGCCACCGGUAAAAUUCUCUCCCCAGCAAUGGCAGCAGACUUUCAAGGAGCCUAGCUGGGUCUAUCCAACGACUUCGCCAACUCGUCCAGCGUCUACUUCGUCGAAGCGCCCUGGCCCACCCAAGUCACGUAAAGGACCUACAGUGCCGAAAGCUGCUACUGUGACUGAUGCCACGGAUGAGCCAACUCUCAACGGCACAUCCUAUGCGCGUCCGCAGAGUAUAAGCAGUGACGAGAGCAGCAACGCUAUGGAAAUCGACUCGGAAACGCCGCCAAUACCGAAUGGUAAACGCAGAGCGCCAGUUCGAGAAGCUCGCACUGUGCCAGCGUCUCCCCAUCGUGCUGACUGGAAAGAUGAUGCGCCGAAGCAGGCAACGACAGCUCCAACAUCCGCAACGGAACCGCAAGGACCUGGCUUGGAUGGUCUCGCAGGCCUGAAGAAUGUCGCGCCGUUCGUACCGACUACAAACGGCGGUCUACGCGACCUCAACGACCUGAGUUCGAGUUUACCUUUCCAUUCCGCCCCUUCUGCAGCCCAUCCGCUGAAGCCAUCGACGGUGGACAACUUUGGCCUUCCGACGCUGCCCAAGGCGCCCGAAGAACCUGUUCCUCUCACUAAGCAGAGUUUCGCGUUGUACAUGCAGCGAAUGUAUACGUACAUCUCGGGCUUCAACAAGUUCAACAACGACAUGUUGAACCACUUUCGUGGGAGACAAGAGUCGCUCCAGAAUCUCCAUCCAGCUUGGCUUACGGCCGUCGGUGAACCAACGGGCAAGCUUGGUUUUGAUAGCUACAUGUUGGGGUUGAAAGAGGAUGAGAGGAUCAGGCUUCAUUGGAAUGUUGGGACUGAGAAACAUCAGAGGAACAUGGAGAUCUGCCAACAGAUUAGAUUGAAGGCCGCCAGGGGUCUUCCUGAGCAAUAG